AUGGCUAUCGCUAUAACUCCGGCUCUCUUCGGUGCUAGUGGGCCCUCGGAUAUCGGGAGCGGAACUCAUUUCUCGAAUCCAGUACUCCUGCAACACUGCACGCUGCUUAGGCACGAACUUGUGCAUUGGCCCCCUUCAUUCGUGGUUGGCCUCGACAGGAAAAUGUCAACGACUGCGGUGUUCGGUGAUGGCGGGAAUGUGCGGACUAUGGUCGAAUUGUUAUUGCGGCUUUCACAUAGCGACGGUGCGGCCCAAGGCGACUCCCGGCGCUCACAUUCAACCAACGGGAGGAAUGACUGGGAAGAUCCCGAACCGUCUAGGCGUCAGCAAGAGAUGUCACAGAAAUCGGUUGAAUUAGUUCUUUCCGACAACCUGAACUGA